GUUACAUCAUGCGUUCCAAGCCUCCUUUUGGAAGCAAACUCAAGCUGCUGGAACGCAAACCGGAAGUUAUUGUGGUUUACACAGAAUAUGUGAAUUUCAAGCUUUUUUCUAAUAAUUGUGGGGGUUUCAAGAGCAAAAAAAAAAAUGAGAAUUCAAUAACGCAAAGAGGAGAUGGAUCGGGACCGAGGAAGUCUCAGUUGGGACUGGAAUUGUCCUCAUACCCGAAGACAAUUGGAAGAUCUUUUCUUUGGUGAAAAAAGCUAUAUCAAGUUUGGUACUGAAGAGAACAAAGAAUUCUGGGUGUUUUUUGAUCGCUUCCAAAGAUUUCAGAGCCGUCAGAAACGUGAUGGGCAAGAGAAGGAGAGGGAGGCACAGGACAAAUCUAAUAAUGAGUUGAAGGACCUUCCUAAGCAUUAUGAUCCAAGAUAUCGAAUCAAUGUGUCAAUUGUUCUAAACAAAGAUCUGGAGAAGAUGCUUCGUGGUCGUCAUGAGAAGGUCCAUAGAUCCAGAGAUUAUAGAGACUUGCCAAAAGAGAAGCUGGCUGAGUUUAAGAUGGCCAUCCUUCACUACCUUGACUUUAUGCAGAAGCAAAGUUUUGCAAAACUAUCAAAGCUUAGGAAGGAAAGGUCAAGUUUACCCAUUUUCCAGUACAGGGAGAAGGUUGUGCAGAUGGUGAAGAAGCACCAGGUGGUGGUAGUGGCAGGUGAUACUGGAUGUGGGAAAUCCACACAGGUACCACAGUAUUUGUUGGCUGCAGGGUUUGGACACAUUGCCUGUACCCAGCCACGCCGGAUUGCCUGUAUUUCGUUGGCAAAACGAGUUGGGUUUGAGAGUCUCAAUCAAUAUGGAUCAAAGGUCGGCUUCCAAAUCCGUUUUGAAAGUAGCCGCUCUCCUGCUACGAAGAUCGUGUUUCUCACUGAGGGUUUGCUGUUGCGCCAGAUCCAAAAGGAUCCUGAGAUUCCUCUGUAUCAGGUGCUGAUUGUUGACGAGGUUCACGAAAGACACCUGCACAGUGACUUUCUUCUUGGUGUCUUGCGCAAGCUCCUUCCUCUGCGGCCAGAUCUGAAAGUGAUUCUUAUGUCAGCCACAAUCAACAUCAAACUUUUCUCUGGAUAUUUUGACCAAGCUCCUGUCCUGCAAGUGCCCGGGAGACUGUUUCCCAUACAGGUCAUUUACCAGCCGAUCCCUCAGGAGGAGUCUGCAUCCAAAACAGAAAAGCUUGAUCCACGUCCUUACCUCCGUGUUUUGCAAGCCAUUGAUAACAAGUAUCCUGCUGAGGAACGGGGAGACCUUCUUAUCUUCUUGAGCGGUGUAUCUGAGAUCAGCAGCGUACAGGAAGCCAUACAAGUGUACGCCACCCACACACAGCGCUGGAUUGUACUCCCCCUCCACAGCACAUUGUCCAUAGCGGAUCAGGAUAAGGUUUUUGAUUUGGCUCCUCCAGGUGUCAGAAAGUGCAUUAUCUCUACCAACAUUGCUGAAACGUCUGUCACCAUAGAUGGCGUUAGAUUUGUACUUGAUUCCGGGAAGGUGAAAGAGAUGAGUUUUGACCCUAAGGCCAAAAUGCAACGUUUGCAGGAGUUCUGGAUCAGCCGGGCGAGCGCUGAGCAAAGAAAAGGCCGUGCUGGAAGAACAGGGCCAGGAGUGUGUUAUCGUCUUUUUGCGGAGUCUGAUUAUGAUGCGUUUGCUGCAUAUCCAAUCCCGGAAAUUCAGAGAGUCGCCUUGGAUGCUCUCGUUCUGCAGAUGAAAAGUAUGGGUUUGGGGGAUCCCAGAUGCUUUCCUUUCAUUGAGCAGCCCCCCAUGUCCAGCUUAGAAACGGCCAUUUUGUACCUUCGAGAUCAGGGCGCAUUGGGUCCAUUGGAGGAGCUCACACCGAUUGGAAAUUUGCUGGCCAAGUUGCCAGUAAGAUGUAGUUAUGGGAAGAUGCUAAUAUUGGGCUCUCUAUUCAGUUUGGUGGAGCCAGUCUUGACCAUCGCUUCCGCACUUAGCGUGCAAUCUCCCUUUCUCCGAAGUGCCACUAAUAACCCAGAGUGCGCCACAGCUAGGAAACCACUUGAAAGUGAACAUGGAGACCCCUUUACUCUGCUUAAUGUCUUCAAUGAGUGGGUUCCAAUCAAAUCAAACAGGAGCAGCAACUCCAGAAAGUGGUGCCGAAGACGGGGACUGGAUGAGCAGAGGUUAAUGAGAUGACAAACCUUCGCCGGUCAAUUCAAGGAGCUGCUUAAAGACCAUGGAAUGUUAGAAGAUAUCCAGCUUCAACAUAGAGACCGUAACAGCCGCCAGAGAAUGCACAGAGAACGCAAAGAGCUGCACCAUCUUAAGCGAGAACAUGAACGAACAGAAAAACGCAAGCGCAAAGUGUUGAAACUAGAGGAAGGGGGCGAGGGUUCCUCUAGUGAUGGCGAAGAAACGACUAACCGAGACCACACCAGAGAUAACGUGGACAUUCAGGAUGUGAAGUUUAAGCUGAGGCAUAACGUGGAUGAACUUCGGGAAUCCUCGAGCAUGGGCCAGGAGCUCUCCAGCCAGCAGGUGUCCUUGCUCAAGCUUAUCGUGUGCCAUGGCUUGUACCCACAGCUGGCAGUACCUGACGGAUUCAAUAGUUAUCGCAAGGAUUCCGACCAGGUGUUCCAUACUAAGAACAAGCAAGGGGUCGUUCUGCAUCCAACAUGCGUGUUCUCUAGUAGUCCUGAACUACUUCAAACUCCAAGGACCCGAGGGAAGAGCAGCCGGCAUCAGAUUGUCGGGUUUGUGUCUUUGCUGGAGACCAACAAGCCUUAUCUAGUGAACUGUGUGCGAUUGUCAGCUCUGCAGGGGCUUUUACUCCUUGCUCGCUCUUUGGAUACCAGCGCUGACUGUUGCCGUAUAGUUUGUGACGGAUGGAUGGAGAUUAACAUGGAAGAUCCUGAAGGAGCUUUGCGUUUGAUUUCUGAUGCAGUGCGUCUGCGCUUGGCCUGGGAGAAACUGCUGAAGUCCAGGCUUGAGAAGUCUUCUAGCCGAGAUGAUGACGAAGAUAGAUGGAAGCAGAAGAAAGCCAUAGAGAGCCUAGGAAGGAGUUUGGUUGAUUACAUUAGGCCUGAGGUUGUGUACAGCUUAAGACGGCUGGCUGGGCUAGAGACACAAAAUUUAUAUGUAGGACCACAGGCAGACGGCUCCGCUCCCAGCAUGCCUGGCGUGUUUGGUAGUCAGGAUAUGAAACCGAAUACUGUGAAAGGAGGAUACAGCGUGACCAACUUCCUCACCUAUAACUGCCUGACCAAUGAUACGGAUUUGUACAGCGACUGCCUGCGCACUUUCUGGACCUGCCCUCGCUGUGGACUGUAUAUGCCGUUUACCCCCCAUAGAGCGAUGAGCCACCAAAACAGCUGCCAGGAUGAGACGGACACAGCAGAUGGGGAAGAGCAGGAGGGUGUAACGUCAUCUGUGACUGCUUUACACAGGACCUAUCACUGUGACAUAUGUCAGAAGGACUUAACGUUAACAUCUACAGAGAUUCUGAAGCAUAAGAGGCAGCAUCUCAGCAGCGCAACUUGAAGAAUAACACAAUAUUUAUUUACGUUCACAGGCAUGUUGCAAUUGACGAAGGUUUGCAAUAAAUGUCAUCUUUUUUUUUAA